AUGACAACAAAUCAUAAAGAACUGACAAAUAUCAAUAUUGAUAACGACUGGGAAUGUUAUUGUCAACCAUUAGAUGAUGAAACUGAUGAAAAAACGAUCGUCUCUACUGUCAAUGACAUCAAUACAAAUCAAUAUUGGUCUUCUAUAGAAUUACCACAUAUUAUCAAUACUGUUAAACGACCUUGCAAAUGGUGGUAUCGUAAACGAUUUGAUUGGAUAUUAAUAAAUCAACAAUAUGAACAACAAUUCUACCUUAAUUUUCAAUCAUCAGAUAGUCAUGAUAAACAAUCGAAUAUCAAUGGUACUAUAUGGUUUAAUAAUAUACAAAUCUUUUCAGGCUCACUAGUAUCAUUAGAAAAUCCCAUUGAAUUACCUUCAAAAUUAUUAAAUAAUGAAAAUAAUCAGAACAAUAUCUUGGUUAUUUGUUGUAUUAAUACAACUCUUUCUCUUCAUACUUGUCUUUUUAUUCAUGGUGAAAUUCCUUAUGCUACUGGACAAGUCAUUAUAGAUGAAAAAACUCUUGAAAACUCUAAAGAUUCAGAUAUAAAAUCAAAUAACAUUCUUCAGUAUACAGCUAGUGUUGAUAAUACUGAUGGUCGUAUUGAUAUAAUAUUUAAUCUAAAUAGAAAAUCAAAGGAUAUAUCAACAUCAUUAAAAUCUCUUUCUCAACCGAUAAUCAAUGAAAAUCAAACAAAUGAAGAUAAAAAUAAUUUCGAUGAUGAUCGUCUUAUACCUCGUCUAGCUAUUGUUAUACUUAUCGUUGGUACAAGAGGUGAUGUUCAACCAUUUAUUGCUCUUGGUCAAGCACUUCGUGCAGCUGGCCAUCGUGUACGGUUAGCAACACAUGAAACAUUUCGAUCAUUCGUUCGUGGUAAUGGUUUAGAAUUUUAUCCAUUAGCUGGUGAUCCAGCUGAUUUAAUGUCAUUUAUGGUAAAGAAUGCUGGAAUUAUUCCUUCUAUGAAUAGUAUUAUCGAAGGUGAUAUAGAAAAACAACGUCGUUCUCUGACUGAUAUUCUUGCAUCAACAUGGCAAGCAUGUAUAGCCGAUGAUGAUGAAACAAAAGCACCAUUUAUAGCUGAAGCAAUCAUUGCAAAUCCACCAUCAUUUGGUCAUAUACAUUGUGCAGAAAAAUUAGAAAUUCCUUUACAUAUUAUGUUUACUAUGCCAUGGUCACCAACAACUGCUUUUCCACAUCCAUUAUCACAUAUUCAUAGUUCAAUUAGACCAAAGGACAAGAUUAAUUUGUAUUCGUAUGAUGUUAUUGAAAUGUUGACAUGGACUGGUAUGGGUGAUAUUGUGAAUAAUUUUCGUAAGAAAAUAUUAGGUUUGAAAGAAUUAAAUACACGU